UCUGUGUAAUCUGUAAGUUCUUUGACUUUAAAAAUGCUGCACAGACUGUUUAAAAUGAAAGUAUGCUGGAAAUUUUCUCAGACAGAAAAUGGCCAGGGAAGACUUUGAAAAAGACAGCUGAGAUUCAGUUGCUCAGAGGUCAUUGUAGGGGAGCAGGUAUUUGUAAUUCUUCACUGAAAUGUUUUUGCUUUAAUCCAGCCUGGUUUUUCAGUCUUCUCACAACAGACCCAGAAUUGUUUGUUCUGAGGGAGUAUUUCAUCCCAGCCUUUUGUCCAAAGCUUAAAGACAGAGCAUGUUUUUUGACAGCUCUAAUAUGAGGCACUCUUUCUGUCUUUCUACAGUCUUUUUAAUAUCGCAGAAAAAAAAUUUGCAGUUUAAUAGGAGGGUCUUUUUAAGCUAUAAAGUUAGUUUUUGCUACUCGAUUAAGUCUCUUCAGGUUGAAUUCUGUGCUGAAAGGAAGUUACUAAGAAACUCUACUCCUUUCAGAGCUGACCUGAAAAGAUCUGAUUACUUGAUUCCAACAUUAUAUGUCUUACGUGACAAACAAAUAAAAGUCCCUAGAAGCACGAGCUAAAUGAUCAUCCAGUGGACAAUUUUUUUCUUUGUUUUCUGCCUUUCUGGGUCUGAAAAGUGCUCAUCUUAGAAAUGAGAUCUUUUUGGGAUCAGUACUAUCACUGACUGUAUUUUUACCCUGCUUGGUAAAACUGGAUAGCUUUCUGUUAUGUAUCUAGUUUCUUGGCAAGCAGAUACUAGUGGCCCUGCAGCUCAGCAGUCUAUCAGAGACAGUUUAAGUCAUGAAGAAAAUGACUGCUCUGUUGGCCAGUUUGUAUGAUUAAUUUUCUUUGGACAGUAUGUAAGAAUAGUUGUUGUGGAAUUGUCCCAGGGCUCAUCUAGUGUAGGAUCUUGUUUCCAUUAGUAGCUGUUAGCAGGCAAGCCCAGGAACAGAGCUUGAUUCAGGACUGGCAACUAAACCAUAUAAGCUAAUGCUUUUCAGAUCACAUUUUGAAAAUUUGCAUUGCCCUGUGAAGGGAUGAUUGUGCCUCAGGAAUUUGAAGGACUUCUGAUGAUUCUCUUUACCAGAGCUCUCCUUGAAGAAAUAGUAUCACCAAAGAAGUACUACUACUAUCACAGAAAAGGAAUAACAGUGUAACUGUUAGUAAAAUAAGUUAUAGUAAGGUGUGUUCAUUACUUACAGAAACACAUAUUGUGAUGCUACUGAGUGUUGCCAUACUUCAUGUGUCUCAGCUGAGAGAUGUGAGAGGUGUCGGAGUGCUGUCUGCUGCAACUUGAGGCCCGUUACAGCCUGGUUUUCUGCUUGUUGUAGCUCCCUUGCCACUUGGAGUCAGUCUGAUUUUGUCACUGAGAUGGCAGCUGAAGUGGUGGUAAUGCUAAAACAUCCGGCCCCUCUGCUGGUUCUCCUUUUCCCCCCCAUGUUUGCAGUUGGCAGGCAUGCUAUAGUCAGGCAGGUGCACUACGAGGAAGCACUUAUGUGGAACAAAGCAGGAUAAAAGGAGGUGUAACAAACCCCAGUAUUGCUUUCCAGAGAGGAGCUUGGGGUGAGCAGGUAGAGCCACUGAGCUGUUGGUGGAGGAGGAGGGCACUAGCAGAAAGAGGCAAUGCAAAGCAAGUCACAGACUAGUGUUUCAGCAUGGAGCUUCAGUGUGCAGUUUUGGCAUAUUGCCUUUCUGUGCUGAAAGAGCAAGCUCGCCUAACAGCACCAUCUAGCGAGUCCUGCAGUGGAACAGGUGGAGGAUCAGAAGUAGCCUGUAUCGCAAGGUCCCGUUCCUCACAUUUGGAAUUGUAGAAUCAUUUAUGUUGGAAAAGACCAACAUAAGAUCAUUAAGUCCAACUGUUAAUCCAACAAUGCCAAGUCCACAACUAAGGCAAUGAUAUAAUGUAAUCUAUUCAGUAGAUUUAUAAAUAUGUAGAUACAUAUAUAUAGAUACAUAUAUAGAUCUUCAGCAACUCUAUGAGAAGGGGCUUUAUAACAGCUGCUUUCUGCCUCAGCUAAAGUUCAUCAAAAAAUCACAGAAGACCUUGUUGGGUUAAAAAAAUUGUACUUUAGGGGAAUGCGAGUUUAACCUGGGCUAAAAUCACCUUAACUGCAGAAUGCAAUUAAAAGUGGUAAGUAAAUAGAAUUACACAUGCCCAAGAGGAGAAGUGCAGAAAUAAAGGGCACUGUUCACAGAGAAAGUGGUAUAUUUGGCCUUAUGCACUGGAAGCCACAAAAGAGAAUACUUUACAGAUGCUAUAUUUUCCUGUGUAAUUAUGCUUUUUAUUUGAUGGUGUCUACAUGUGUGUAUAUUCCUUAGAAACACUCCAACUUUUCUAAAAGGAAAGAAAAUUAAUCUUAAAUAUAGAAAACUGGUAUUUACUUAGUGUUUUACUUUGGCAUCGCACCUUUUUCUUGCAGUUUCUAUCAUAAUGAAGUGUAGCUGUAGUCAUUUGAUGUUAUUUGUAGCACUUGAGUCUUGUUAGUUCAGACACAUAUUGUGGACUAAUACUCACGUUAUCUGUGUUUUCCUUGGCACAGUGUUGUCUGCAACACUACUUGCGUGGGAACUGGAGCAAGGAGAGGUCUGAGAGAGUCAAGGCAAAAGUGAAUGUAAAAAACAGCUUUUGGCUUUUAUUCCUCAGUCUCCCGCACUCUGCUAAUAACAUGUAAAGAGCAGUUCGUGUUGCAGCUCUGCAGCAUGAUUACAGUGGAGCAACAGUUCUGUGUAGCUAGAGUGGAAGCACAUUUAUCCUUUAAAAAGCAUAAUUGAGUUUCUGAAAGCUACAUAAUAAGUGAGACUGCAAGGAGCUGCAGAAUGCAGUCUUACUGUAGAUAAUGACCCACGUUUUGCACUCAAGAAAAAGAUCCAAGGUAGUUGUGUCUGGCUGACUUUCAGGCAUAGAGCCUGUUUCAAGAAAAAUCUUUCAAUUAGAAAAUGAAACUUCAGCUUUGACUUCAGCUUAGAUUCUUUCAUCCCCUCUGUUUGGUGAAGUGUCAGUGCAGGCUGCUGGAUUGCUGGUGAUCCUCACAGAACAGACAAACUUAUAGAUGCUUCUGGAGAUGUAAUAUGCAAAAAAAUCAGUAUUUGAACAAGGCAGAUUUUAUCUAUGAAGAAUGGCCAAGCUGAACUAAAGUAAGGAUUUAUCUAUCUGCUCUUGUGCCUGAGAGUAGCAGGUAGCAGACUGCUAAGGAGGAAGUAAUACAUUAAGCCUUGUUUCUUGUAGCAGGUCACUGCAAUACAGUAUACUAUGGGCUGUCCAUGGUUUAGGGAAUUGCUAAGCCAUGGGCUGUAGCCUCAUUUUUGCCUUUAACAGUCCUUGGAAGGCUUUUCUUCCCUUACUUAUUUUAAAUCAAUGUGAUUAUUUGUUGAACUCCUGUACACUUUUGCUGCUACAGAAUUUUGAAGCAGAGUUUCACAUUUUUAAUAUGCAGUGUACAUAAAGGUAAUGGGUGAUCAUUUAAUUCAAUUCAAUUGAUUAUGUCAAAUGAAUAUAUCUUUGUUUACUAGUCUGCAUGAUUUUCUUUCAAGAGUUCAGAGUGUGUUGAAAAAUGCGUCGUUCACUGUAACAAGAAAAAAAUUGUAAUUGCAAAUGCAGCUAGAUAACAAAUAGGUAUUUGUAAAACUUCUGAGAUUAUCUGCAUACAUGAGGAGUCUUACUUUCCUUUACCUUGCCUGCUAACAUUUACUGUCUGCUUGCAAGUGGAAUCUGCAUGAGUGAGAGCAAAAAAGGCUUUUUUCAUUACUCUUCCUCGGUGAGAAUGGCAAGGAUUCGGAUUCCUAGCACAAUUGUUAUAAUUUUUGUUACAGUUCAGACUGGAUUCUUACUCUUCAUGUAUGCCCGGUACAGUAGCUUCAUGCCUCAGUCUGAGGAGAAACCAUCACAAGUCCACAUACUUAUUCUCUCCUCUUGGCGGUCAGGAUCGUCUUUUGUUGGUCAACUUUUCAGCCAACACCCCAGUGUCUUCUACCUGAUGGAGCCUGCAUGGCACGUGUGGGUGACAAUGUACCAGAACAGUGCCAAAGUCUUACACAUGGCAGUGCGGGACUUAGUCAGGUCGGUCUUUCUGUGUGACAUGUCUGUGUUUGAUGCUUACAUGCCUUGGAAAAGAAACUUAUCCGAUCUUUUCCAGUGGGCAGCAAGUCGGGCUCUGUGUUCAGCUCCUGCUUGUGACUCUUUUCAACGUACCGACAUAACCAGUGAACUGGCGUGCAAGACUCUUUGUGGACGGUAUCCAUUCAGCAAGGUGGAGGAAGCCUGUAAAACUUACAGCCAUGUUGUCAUCAAGGAAGUUAGAUUCUUUGACUUGAAGGUCCUAUACCCCCUCCUCACUGAUCCAUCACUGAAUCUCAAAAUUAUUCACCUGGUCCGUGACCCCAGGGCAGUCGUUAAGUCACGGGAACAAUCGGUGAAAGCGUUAGCCCGUGACAAUGGAAUUGUCUUGAGUACCAAUGGCACUAAAGUGGAAGAUAGCAAAUACAAAGUAAUGCAAGAGGUUUGUAGAAGUCAUGUUCAGAUUUAUGAAACAGCAACUCUAAAACCACCUAAUUUCUUGAAAGAUCGCUAUUUAAUGGUCCGUUUUGAAGAUCUGGUAAGAGAUCCAUUAUCAGAAAUCUCAGAAAUGUAUAAAUUUGCAGAUCUUAGUUUGACUCCCAGGCUCAAAAGCUGGGUUUAUAAUAUCACUCAUGGACAGGGACCGGGGAAAAAAAAAGAAGCCUUCAAAAUAACAUCCCGAGAUGCAGUUAGUGUUUCACAGGCCUGGAGAAAUGUUCUUUCCUUUCAGAAAGUUAAGAAAAUACAGGAAGUUUGUAAAGGUGCUAUAAACAGUCUUGGUUAUCAGCUAGUGGAUUCAGAAAAAGAACAAAGAGAUCUGACAUUAGAUUUGGUGUUGCCAAGACGACAAAAUCAAUUCAGCUGGUCAUCAUUUAAUCCAAAGCACUGAGACAUUUUUGAGAAAUCUGAGGAGUUGGGGCAGGGUAGUUGUUUGAAUAUUUCUAUACUGCACAGCAUAUAGUAAUUGGAAAAUCCUUGGCUGAUGAUUUUAUCUUUUCGUCUGCUCCUUUUCUGUUAAUGUAAGAAGUUUUUUUUUCCCCUGAGUUUUCUACAUAUUAAAAAAAAAAAGACAGCAAGAUACUUGGUCAGCCUGUUACUGUGCUGCUCACAGCAUUGUUUUAAGAAUAUAAUUUAAGCACUUCCUAUUAAAAGAUGGAUUCUCA